AUGUCCGCCGGCGAGGUGAUUUUCCGUCGGUGUCCCAUCACCAAAACGGACAUGCGACUUCUGGAAGACGGGAACGAUUUGAACGACGCGUUGCUCGAUUUUUUCCUCAAACUCGGGCAGUAUUUGAUCCCGAAGCAGCACAACCAAGCCCUUCCGAACCUCCACCCGUUGUCCAGCCUGUUCUACGGGAAACUCACCGGGGGGCAGGCAAAAACCGGGGAGGAGGCGUGGGAGCAGAUAAAGCGCUGGACGUUGCGAAUUCCGAACGGGAUCUUCACGCCACCGAUCAUCGCUCUGCCGAUCAACGAAACCUUCCUGAACGAGAAGGAAAAGCCCUGCGGCAGCCACUGGUGGUUGGCACUCCUAGUUGGCGCAAAAAACGCGGCGGAGAAGCAGGAAGAAGUCGUCUUAGAGCAGUACAAGAAGAUCGGCGCCGCGGCGCCCCCAAAACCGCUGCACAAAAAAGCGGGCGACAAGGCGGAAUUGCAGGUGCAGGACGGGGAGAAGGUAUCGAUAAAAUUCGGGUCUUUGGUGAACGGGAAGAAGGUGGACAAGUCUGAGCAACAGGAAAAGGAUGCGCGUUCGUCAAAAGAGGAUAGGCGAGACGGGCACAGCAGCGACGAGGAGGAGCGACAUAGCCGGAGACGCAAUAAAGACCGCAGUAGGGAUAGAUCGCGGCCGGAGAGAAGGUCGAGGUCGCGGGAUCGAAGUAGAAGAUCCAGGUCGCCGCGGGAAGAUCGGGAUAGACGAAGAAAAAACCGGAGGUCUUCUCGGGAUAGAAGGAGUCGCAGCCGCUCACGAGAGGACCGCAGGAAGAAGGAGAAGAAAAGAAGAUCAUCCGCAUCCUCGGACGAGGAUGUUGACAGAAUAGACAAGCACAAAGAAGAACUAUCAUCCAAAACAGUAGCGAAUAAAGCACCAAACAAGUCAACAGAGCAACUAAUAAGUAAGCCUAUCCCCAAAGACAUCAAGCGCAGUUUCUUGUUGUGCGUCGACAGUAUGACACGGCGAGUGGUCGAACUGAACACCGAUAAUUUGAAAGAACAGAACAAGGACGCGCUGAACGCGGUGAACAAGCUGAAGAAGCAAAUAAAAAAAGUCUACAAAAAGGGCUCACUUUGCCGCUACAGCGUGGAGAUCACCCGCGUGGAGCAGGCGGGGCACCGCGUGUGGCUGGAUUUUGACGCGCGGGGCGACGGAUCUGUCGGACUGCUAGAGCACCCAAAGGAGACGGCGGAACUCUUUCUCUUCGACAAGCAGGGAAACAAAAUCAAAGGGAUCAAACCAAACGACAUGGGGCUGCGGAUUAACAACAACAAUCGAGGCUCCGGGGUGUUGCAGUACCGGGGGAUGCUGGAGUUUCUGGUCGACAGUCGCGAUGAUUUCACCGGGCAGUUCCAAUUCCGGUACGGCCCCAGUUGGGAACCGAUCGGACUGGAAUUCGACGGCUACGCCUUGUCAAAAUUCCAGAAGGAGGUCGCACGGUACCUGCAGGGAAUGAUGAAGAAGGAGUGGGAAAGAGCCAAAGAGAAAGAGAAGAAGGCGCUGAAAUUGUAUUGUGAAUUUUUGUUUAUUGGUCGUUUUAGCGUGUUCAACAGGCGCUCCACUGGCAAUCUUGAGAUAGAUUGCGUGCGCGUUUACGGUUUUUUGCAGAUUGCGUCUCAGGAUUGUGGUUUUUGUAUGGUGAGCAAUGGAUUUUUUGGGUAGUAUUCACGAUUGUGGUUUUUGUAUGUUGCGCAAUGUUGGCGUUGACCUUUUUGGGUUGUACUUACGACCGCGCAUGAUAACUAAAACGGAAACAGGUUCGACAAAACGUUGAUCAAAGCGGUUGCAGUGGACGCUCCACAGCAGGAGAACUUGAACGAUUGCGGGGUGUUCGUGCUGGAAAAUUGCUUGAACCUGCUUUGUCAGGGCAACGACUAUCCGAACCAGAUUCUCCACAAUCCGCUGAAUCCGGAAUUGAAGUGGGUUGGCCAGAUUGAAGUGCGGCACAGGCGGCGACAGUACUUAUGAUAAAAUUUUCUCACCCACUUUGGUCGUGAUCCACCAUUUUGUCAGUGACCACUGCUGGCAACAUGCAAAUUAAGUUUCUCUGGCGUGGCAAGAUUACGUUACCGAACGAAAUCCUUUUUUUCUCAAAUAACUACAAAACAGGCUUCUCACCUGUGUGCAGCAUUUGUUUCAGAUGAAGGAGAUGCUCGGAACCGCGGAUAUUGAAGAGAUGCUGAAGAAGGAAGGCAAUCUUGCGCAACAGCUCUACGACUUUCUCACCUCGGAUCCACCAACGGAAAUGGUGCUGGAUUGAGCGCGUAGCAUGUGGUAAAGCACGGUGUCCGUGUAUGGACGCGCCUUCAGGGGCUAAGUUGUACUCUCGACUCGAAACUACAGCUCAGAUGGACAGAAGAAAUGAACCGAAAGCGAAACUUUCAUUCACAUUCCUCGAACGCCACGCAUCGUGCCAGUAUCAAUUUCUAUAGUCGACGACUUCAACGCG